CUAUCGAUAACACCUUGAGCUAGUUCUGCCCAUCACUAAAAAAUGGCGCUUUGCUGCAAGUGCAUUUUUUCUUAAUUUUCUCUAAACUCGAAGAUAAAUUAAAUUGAUUGGCUGCCUACUGAAUAAGAUAAGAUAUAAGGGCAAUCAUGGCACAGGUGACGGAAGCGGACACCCAGGUGGAUAAGCCGGAACCCUUGCAAUCGGCGGAAAACGCCGAGAAACGGCAACCAAACACUAAGGCUGAGGCCAAGAAUGGUGAGACCUCUUUGGAAGAUGAGCUCGCAGCGCUGAACGGAAAAGAUGCGCCUGAGGACGAUGGCCCAGGCAUCGAUGAGCUGACUUCCCUGGAGCAAGAGAUAGCAAAGAUGCAUAGCAUCCGUCCAGCGGCUACUUCAAAAAAGGGUGACGCUUGCUCCGUUGGUGGAGCGGCUGAAAAUGGCGGUACCGGCGACGCAGAUGAAAUUUCACACUUGGCGAGCAAAUCAACGCUUCAUGACAAAGGUCAGGACUCCUCGGGUAGCGGGCAAGCCGGCGAAUCUCCUCUGGAGGAGGUGGACCUGAUCGCGCUGCUCAAAGGAACGGACACGAGCCAUGAGAACGAGAAAGACAGGGAAGAUGAGAAGAAGCCAAGUGGCUUGGAGAAAACCCUUUCCAAGCUCGAUAAUGUAGACGUUGGCGUUACCAUUGAGGGAGAGGGCCAGUACGAGAUAAUGGAGAUAGACGACGAUGACUCGAUAGCCGGGUCAUCAAGCAGCCCCAAGCCAUCUGCAUCUGCGAAACCCCACUCAUCGGUCCGCUCCGUAUCUAGUUCUUCGUCUAAACCCAAGCUCUCGCCGGAACAAGCCAGGGCUGUGGCUUUGGAACAAAUCGCUGGUCUCAGUUCCCAGAAAACUCGACCCCGCAAGGAGCAGCCUUCCGCUACGAUUAGUCCGGUAAUGAAGGCCAAGGAUAUAGUUAGUUCCCUGAAUGACGACUGGGAUGACUAUGACUCUGACGACGAUGUCGCGGUUUCAGUGCCCCAGGCAAGUGUGCCAGCCCCACUGGUGGCCAAGAAGUCGCCAUCGCCGGUAAAGAAGCUGCUAUCCGAUUCCAAUAAGUCUUCAAAUGCGGGGUAUACGGCGAACAACAAGCAGCUCAUCAGUAGCGUCAAAGUAAUGCUAAAGACCGUGACGCAAAAGCAAUUGGAUCAGACCUUAAAGCCCAUUGUUGUGGAGAAGCCCACGGUGUCUGCCGCCCCCAAGGUCGUAGCAGAACCCACCACAGGUUUCAAGCGAAUGCGGGUGAUUAAGCGUAAAAUAAUCUGGGAUCCGGAUGUACCGGAAACGGGAAAGUCCUUUGCGCAGUAUGCCAGCUCCAAAUCAGUAAGAACUUCAGUGUCUCCGACACGUGCACCUUCACCGACUCCAGCACCAACUCCAGCACCCGCACCCGCACCAGUACCGAAAACGCUCAAAGUGAGAGUCAAAGCUACUUCCCCCACCUUGCCAAUUAAAAAGGAGGCGGUCGCGAAGAAAGCGCGGGCAUCCACGCCCAAGGAACUGACGACGUCCACCAAAGCGGCGGCCCAAUCGAAAGCAUUGGAGGUCACGCGACCCUCGACGCCGGCAAAGCGCCGUUCGCAGACUCCCAACACCGGAUUGGCAAACGGUAGCACCCAGAAGAAGAAGAAGGUUAGCGAAAUCGAUCGUUUGAUGGGUGACGAGGGAGCGGCCAACAUGAUCCAUGCAGUGGAGCACGAGCAGCGCGAGAUGAGCGGCGGGGAGGUGCCCAACAAGCCAUUGAUGCGGAAGCGGGCAAUGACGAUAACCGGACGAAACUCUAAUGCAGCUACCACCCAGGAACAGACCGCUACGGCCAAGAAGGAGACAACCAGUGCAAACGCUACAAAGUCCUCCGCUAAACGGGCGGCCGAUGCUGUCUUCUCAAAAACACCGCCCUCGAAGGACACUCCUGGAUCUAAGUCAAGCGCCUCAGAUUCCUGGGACUAUGUAUACAAGCAGCGUGCCAGCGAAGAGUCGAUGAUCAUGCGCCGGCGUUCCAAUAGCUCGUACUCGAGCAAUGCCUCCGUCAGUAGACUUUCGCUGGACAAUAAGCCGGGUGGAAAUGUCCUUUCGGACGACGCGGCCGAGAGAUCCGAUCCGUCUUUCAAGUUCCUCAAGCCAACAAACAAGAACCAAAGAGGGGUAGAGUCUUCCACCCACACCCUGGCUAACGACCUGAAGGCCAACAAUGGCCAAUUGGUUACUCUUCAGAAAAGGGACAAGGUCGGCCAUCUGGUGAUUCAUGCGCAGCGCGGAAAGUCCGGGUAUACGUAUAGCAGCCAGCUGCUGGAGAAGCUCAGCGAAACGUUGAACAUUGUGGCGCGCAGCAACGACUACAACACGGUGCUGCUCACCGUGCAGGGACAGCAGUUUUGCCAGGGCAUCGACUGCAAUGAGCUGGUGCAGGGUUCGCUGGAUAAGCGCAGGAACAGUGCCAGCCAGCUGGCGCAAGCCCUUAAAACAUAUCUCCGCACUCUGGCUACAUUUCCCAAGCCCGUGGUGGCGGGCGUUGUGGGCAACCUGAAGAAUCUGGGCGUGAUGCAGUUGCCCCUAGUUGACUACGUGGUGGCCGCCGACGACUGUUGUUUUGAGACCCACUACGUCAAACUGGGGCAGCUGCCUGAAGGAUAUGCCCUUUGGCAUAACAACGAGAAGGUGGCAAGUGAUUUGCACUCUCGGUUGUUUUUGUUGGGCGAGAAACUGACGACAUCGGAUAUCCUGGGCGCCAAGAGCUUCAUCGACAGGACCUGCAAAGCUCGAACUGUCAACGACGAAGCCAUGGGAGUGGCACAACAUAUAUCGAAAACCUCAGCAGAUACAUACCGCACCCUGAAGAAGCUAAACCACUCUGCCUGCAAUGCGGCGAAAUUCCCGCGUUUGGACGAGGAACUCAAAAUUAUAGCCGAGCAGUGGUCGUCGGCAAAUUGUUUGGCGAACUUGAAGCGCUACCUUAGCGACGCUGACUUUUAGAUUUUAGGCUAAGAAAUUAGAAUUAUAUACCAUAACUCGUACAUGGUAGAUAAAUUCGUUUACAAAAAUGUUACCAUUUAUUAAUUCGAUAAUUAUUUGAAACUUUUAGGAGUUUUAUUCUGAAAUUUAUACCCCCAUCCAUCUUAAGUUUUUUUUUUUUUCGUUUUACCUACAAGACUUGCUUGCAAUUUUUUGUAUUCUAUUGUAAAGUAGCUAUGCAAUGUAAAUUAUACAAGAUUUGGAACACAAUUACCUUUCAAAUUCUGUUAUAUUUUCAAUUGGAAAUACACAAACACGUUUUUGUAGUUGUA